AUGGGAAAGAACGAAAAGGCAUCAGAGACUUCAGAGUUGAAACGAGAGGGAAGAAAGCGUAAGAGAAGAGAGGAAGAGCAAGAGAUGCGUCGAAUGAAGGAGAAAAUGGUGGAGAUGGAGAAGACGUUGAAGACAGCAUUGGACGAGAUCGCUAAUCAGAAGGAGUCGAACUGGUGUACAGCAUUUACAAUGUGGGAUUUUGGGUUUUUGUGUGCAGAUACCGAAUCAGAUUCCGGAUCAGAAAGUGAGAAUUCGAGUUGCGGAGAUGAGUUGGAAACACCAAAAGCACAUGCCGAAAAAUUCCUGGGUGAGGACCCGAAAGAUAAAAAAGAGAAGAAACUGGUGAUCAAUGAGGUACUUGUGUCAAGGAUUAACGAGUAUUUAAAGGCUGGUUUGCAAAAAGAUCUGAAAGAUGGAAUAAUCGAGGGAACACCACGCAUCGGAGAGGAAAUAAACCUAGAACCUCCAGAGCUUAACGGGGAAAUUGCGUAUGGAUUGAACGAAGCCGCUCGGAAGCGAGACGAGCAUUUCCGAGAAUCUUAUAAGAUGGCCGGCACAGCUAUUGCAUGCAUCGCAACUGCGAUCUCACGUUUCUUUGAGGAAGACGAGGCACCAAUCGAUCGUGAUGAAGUAAUGCAGCUCAUGGCAAACACGAUGAUGAUGUUAGGCGAAAUUAUGUAUUUAAACACGGUUGCGAGAAGAGCCUUCAUAACACCAGCUUAUGAUAAAAAAUUCAAAGAAAUUCUGGAGAAAUCAGACAGCGGAAAAUUAUUGUUCGGAGAAAAGCUGGUCACAGAACACGAAUUCGGUAAACUGGAAGCGGCCGUCGAAAAACGAGGCGGGAUCGAUGAGCCGCAAGAAGAAUUUCUUCAACUCAAACGUCUCAAAGAACAAAGGCCAAUUUCGUUCAAAUCGAACGUACACACAAACACAGUCAACGUCGUCGUAUCACGGGAGAUCCAGAUACUACCGGAACGAACGGCGAUAGAGGAAUCAGAUCCACUCGCUGGCGUCACAGCUUUCGUUAAUUGUAGCGAUGCUAUGCGGAAAGCCUUUGAGAAACAAGGAUUCUCAGACUCGGUGCUAGAGAUUAUCACGGCAUCAUUAGCAGAUUCCACGAAGAAACAAUACGACUCGGCCUUGAAAAAUUGGUGGACGUUUUGUACGAAUAAUCACCAGGGUCCGUUCGAGCCGGAAAUAAAAACGGUUGUUGAGUUUCUUGCGGGAAAGUUUAAGGAGGGAGCCUCGUACAGUACGUUAAAUUCAACGCGAUCAGCCAUAUCUUUGAUUGUGAGCAAAGAUUUGCAACAUGAACCGAUUUUGCAUCGGUUUUUCAAGGGGAUCUUUCGGUUGCGCCCAACAGCACCGAAAUAUUCUAAAACCUGGGAUGUAAAUGUGGUAUUAGAUAAGUUAGCAUCGUGGUUUCCAUUAGAUUCAUUAAGUCUAAAAUUAGUGAUGUUAUUAGCACUCGGUACUGGUUUCAGGGCACAAACCUUAUCCUUGAUAAAAAUUGAGGAGAUUUCAAUAACGUCUUCGACUGUUGAAAUAAAAGUUAAAGAUCUUAUAAAGACGUCGAGACCAGGUGCCCAACAACCUUUUGCUUGUAUCCCUUUCUUUAGAGGAAAACCAAGUAUUUGUAUAGCUUCAACUUUAGUUCAUUAUUUAAAGAUAACGCGUGAGUUAAGGAAAGAUGAAAACUUAUUAUUUAUAUGUUAUAAGAAGCCUUACAAUGGCGCUAAUGUUCAAUCGAUUCGUAGAUGGAUUAAAUCUGUGUUAAAGAAUUGCGGGAUAGAUAAAUCAUUUACGCGCACAGUACGCGUCAUGCACCGACAUCGGCAGCAUAUAAAAAAGGACUUGAUUUAAAUAUAAUUAGAAGUGCGGCUGGUUGGUCGGGAGAAUCAAAAAUGUUUGCUAGAUUUUAUAACAGAACGAUAGAUAAUCAAGAAGGUAACUUCGCGAGCACUGUAUUGAAUUAAUCGUACUCAAAUAAAAAUGUUAUGUUCAUGGUCAGUUCCAGAAAUAAAUAAAAUUAAAGUUAUUCUCUAAA